GGGCUGCCGUGAGCGGAAGCGGCGCCAUUCGUCUUCGGAGCGCUACUGCCAGCUGAUGCCGGGAGCUUACUGGCGCGCUGCGGCCGGGGCCGGGGCCGGGGCCCGACGUCCCCGCGGGGCCCGGGACCGCGAGGAGGACGGCGGGGGCCUGGAGCCCGCGGCCGCGACCCGCGACCUAUUGAGGGGCACAUCUAACAUGUCAUUUGAAGAGCUGUUGGAAUUGCAGAGCCAAGUGGGGACUAAGACGUACAAACAAUUGGUAGCUGGAAACAGCCCUAAAAAACAAGGUUCUAGACCACCUAUCCAAAAUGCAUGUGUUGCAGAUAAGCACAGGCCUCUGGAAAUGUCAGCCAAGAUCCAAGUACCGUUUUUACGUCAGGUUGUUCCCAUCAGUAAAAAGGUAGCCCGGGACCCUCGCUUUGAUGAUCUGUCAGGGGAAUAUAAUCCUGAGGUGUUUGACAAAACAUACCAAUUCUUGAAUGACAUCCGAGCGAAAGAGAAAGAGCUUGUGAAAAAACAGUUGAAGAAGCACCGUUCAGGAGAGGAGCAUGAGAAACUGCAGCAACUGCUUCAGCGAAUGGAGCAGCAAGAAAUGGCACAGCAGGAACGAAAGCAACAGCAGGAGCUGCACCUGGCCCUGAAGCAAGAACGUCGGGCUCAGGCCCAGCAGGGCCAUCGGCCAUACUUCCUGAAGAAAUCUGAGCAGCGCCAGUUGGCACUAGCUGAGAAGUUCAAGGAGCUGAAACGCAGCAAGAAAUUGGAGAACUUCUUGAGUCGAAAGAGGCGACGAAAUGCAGGCAAGGACAGGAGACAUCUCCCUUUGAGCAAAGAGUAAUAAGGAACUAGCCUCUGCUCUGCCACUGCCCCAGGGAGACAUGGAUCUGUGAGGACAGAUUUGGCCACGGCUGGUUUCCAUUCAAGGGCAAGGAUCACAGCUGCCCUUGAAUCUCAUUGCCUCAGAGAAGACUAGAGGGCUCUUGGACUAUCCCUAGGGCUACACAAGAAGAGUAGUUCAGCCUUCUGCCGUGCCACACAGCCUCAGCUUGAAUCUGGUUCAUUGCGUCCUCAUGUUCUUCUCUCAUCCUUGCCUUAAACCAGGGAUUCUGAUACCGAAGAAGAGGGGCCAAUGAAGACCAUGGAGUCUGUUCAUCACUCCCAGGGCUGGGACAUUAUGUAGGAGCCACUUCAUAAACAUUCUCUCUACUUAUCUUUUUAUUCUGUUUUUUGUGGCCUUCUUUUUGUGUUUCCCCCCGAAACAGAGUCUUGCUCUGUGACCCAGGCUAGAGUACAGUGGUGCAAUCUCGGCUCACUGCAACCUCCACCUUCCAGGUUCAAGUGAUUCUUGUACCUCAGCCUCCCGAGUAGCUGGGAUUACAGACAUCCGCCACCAAGCCCAGCUAAUUUCUUUUGUGUUUUUAGUAGAGACAGAGUUUUGCCAUGUUGGCUAGUUUGAUCUUAAACUCUUGGCCUCAAGUGAUCUGCCUGCCUCAGACUCCCAAAGUGCUGGGAUUACAGACGUGAGCCACUAUUCCCGGCCUUAAGGCCUCUGCUUUUAUGUGGGAUUUGUGGGUAGCCUAGAACUACUUUUUUAGUGGGCCGCAUAUUGGGAUAGGCAAUAAAGCCUAAGGCAUCUACAACUGGGAAGUCAGAUCAGAAACCCCUCCCACUUAAAUCUGGGCCCACCAAGGAUGACAAGAUCAUUUAGUGGGUGAACCAAUCCCACAACUCCACUACUUGGCUUUGGUUUUGGAUGCAAGGGAUAUUAAGAAGUAGGGAUAUAAAGCUUCCAUGGGAAUACACAAGCACAGCUGGCCUUCAGUACUGUUUGGGACAAGAGUUUAUAACCCAUGUGGUCUGGAAAAUCCUCAGGCUGAUAACUUAGUUUAAAAUGGUCUCAAUUAGGCUGGGUGUGGUGGCUCACACCUGUAAUCCCAGCACUUUGGGAGGCUGAGGCAGGUGGAUCACCUGAGGUCAGGAGUUCAAGACCAGCCUGGCCAACAUGGUGAAACCCCAUCUCUACCAAAAAUACAAAAUUAGCUGGGUGUGGUGGUGGGCGCCUGUAAUCCCAGCUACUCAGGAGGCUGAGGCAGGAUAAUCACUUGAACCUGGGAGGUAGAGGUUGCAGUGAGCCAAGAUCGCACCACUGCACUCCAGCCUGGGCAAAAAGAGUAAAACCACCACCCCCCACCAAAAAAAAGUGGCCGGGCACGGUGGCUCACGCCUGUAAUCGCAGCACUUUAGGAGGCCGAGGCAGGUGGAUCACGAUGUCAGGGGUUUGAGACCAGCCUGACCAACAUGGUGAAACCCCGUCUCUACUAAAAAUACGAAAAUUAGCCGGGUGUGGUGGUGGGCGCCUGUAAUCCCAGCUACUCAGGAGGCUGAGGCAGGAGAAUUGCUUGAACCCGGGAGGCGGAGGUUGCAGUGAACCAAGAUCGCACCACUGCACUCUAGCCUGGGCGACAGAGCGAGACUCCAUCUAAAAAAAUAAAUAAAUAAAUAAAGCUUAAAAAGAAAACCUUUUAAAAAUGAAAAGUAGGGCUGGGCACGAUAGCUCGUGCCUGUAAUCCCAGCACUUUGGGAGGCCGAGGUAGGUGGAUCACCUGAGGUCGGGAGUUGGAGACCAGCCUGGCCAACAUGGUGAAACCCCGUCUCUACUAAAAAUACAAAAAAUUAGCCGAGUGUGGUGGCGCAUGCCUGUAAUCCUACCUACUUGGGAGGCUGAAGCAGGAGAAUUGCUUGAACCUAGGAGGUGGAGGUUGUGGUGAGCCAAGAUUGCGCCACUGCACUCCAGCCUGGGCAACAAGAGUGAUACUCCGCCUCAAACAAAAAAAAAGUACACUACGAGAAGUUAGAAACUUUAUGGUUAAGCAGCAGAUUAGACUUUUCCCUAAAGGGAGAAUGAACUGGAAAUAGAGCUGAAGUUACACAGAGAGAGCACUGACAUACAGAGAAGUGGAAACUAAGGAAAAGAGGUUAGAAAACACGGAAGAGGCUGGGCAUAGUUGCUGACACCUGUAAUCCCAACUUUUUGGGAGGCAUAGAGAGGAUCACUUGAGGUCCUCAGUUGGGGACCAGCCUGGGCAACAUAAGGAGACCUUGUCUCUACAAAAAAAUUUAAAAAUCAGACAUGUGGCACAUGCCUAUAGUCCUAGCUUCUCUGGAGGCUGAGGCUGGAGGAUUGCUUGAGCCCAGGAACUUGAGGUUGCAGUGAGCUAUGAUGGCAUCACUGCACUCCAGCCUGGGUGACAGAGCAAGAUCCUGUCUAUAAAACAUAACAAAAUGAAGAUAAAGCAAAUGUGAGGCUUGACAAUCAAAAUUUCAGGAAAGAAUAUUUCAAAGAGGCUGGGCAUUUUCUAGAAUUUUUUUGAGAUGGGGUCUCCUUCUGUCGCCCAAGCUGGAGUGCAGUGGCACGAUCUUGGCUCACUGUAACCUUUUCCUCCCAGGUUCAAGCUAUUAUUCUGCCUCAGCUCCCUGAGCAGCUGGGAUUUCAGGUGUAUGCCACCACACCUGGCUAAUUUUCGUUUUUUUGUAGGGAUGGGGUUUCACCGUGUUGGCCGGGCUGGUCUCAAACUCCUGACCUCAAGUAAUCUACCUGCCUAGGCCUCCCAAAGUGAUAGGUUUACAGGUGAGAGCCACUGCACCCGGCCUAGUUUUUUUUUUUUUUUUUAAGGCUAGAUAAAUCAUAAGCUAUGGAACAUCUGAAAGUCUAUCCAGCCUGGGCAACAUGGUGAAACUGCAUCUCUACAAAGAAUACUCAGGCGGCUGAGGCAGGAGGAUCACUUGAGCCUGGGAGGUCAAGGCUGCAGUGAGCCGUAAUUGUGCCACUGUACUCCAACCUGGGUGACAGAGCGAGACCCUUUCUUAAAGAAAGAAUGCCUACCUUAAAAGCAGCUCUAAGCCCCCAGUUAGGAGACUGAGGCGGGACAAUCACUUGAGACUAGGAGUUCAAAGCUGUAGUAUGCAGUGAUUGUGAACAGCCACUGCACUGCAGUCUAGGUAACACAGUGAGAUCCUGUAUCUAAAAAAAGGCAGCUCUUGGGCUGGGCACGGUGGCUCACACCUGUAAUCCCAGCACUUUGGGAGGCCGAGGAGGGCGGAUCAUGAGGUCAGGAGAUCAAGACCAUCCUGGCUAACACGGCGAAACCCCAUCUCUACUAAAAAUACAGAAAAUUAGCCGGACAUAGUGGCACGUGCCUGUAGUCCCAGCUACUCAGGAGGCUGAGGCAGGAGAAUCACUUGAACCUGGGAGGUGGAGGUUGCAGUGAGCUGAGAUCGCGCCACUGCACUCCAGCCUGGGCAACAUAGUGAGACUCCAUCUCAAAAAAAAAAAAAAAGAAAGAAAGAAAAAGGUAGCUCUAAUGAAAAGGAAGAGAAGUAGAAUCAGAAGUUAGGACAUCUAUUGCUUGAUGCUUCUGGGAUGGGGAAGAUGUAGUUCUGGUGAUAGAAAUUGAAGCUGCAGCAUAAUGGGAGAUGAAGGAGAAACUGCUCUUCUGGUGAUUUUAACCCUAGGGAUGUAGCUACUGGGACAGGAGGAAGUGAGGGACCCAGUGCUGCAGGGUCCCUAUUGUCACAUAUGUCAAUCCUACUUUAGUCAAAUAAUGGAUUCUGGCUGAUAAAGCCUAUCAGAAUUACGGUGUUGACACGAAAGUGUCACAUAGCCACCAAAAUGUGUUCUCUACUUUCUUGCUUUGCUCUGAUUAGCUAAGUCUUGGUCACAUGGCUUUACAGCACUGGGAAAACCAGGAUCUGAUCUUCUGUAGGGUAGGAGGUGAGCCCUAUCUUUUGUGUAGAUUUGUGGUGGGGAGUUUCCCAAGCAUGGGAAAUGGCCUCAGAUAAUGUGGUUGUAAAAUGUGAAUGUCCAUUAAAAGGCAGUCAGUGUUUGCUA